AUGUAUCUGCUUCAUAAUGUCUUUGGAGAAAGGGAGUUGGUAUCUGAUAUUUUCUUAGACUCUUCCUUCAAAGUUUUUGCUGAUACCUUGGCGAGUGGGGGAAAUAUUAAGGCAUUAUGUGUGCCUUCUGGGGCAAAAACUUACUCAAACACUGCUCUUAAGAAGGGUGAUAUUUACAAUGCAGCAAUCAAAUCUGGAGCAAAGGGUUUGCCUUUCCUAAAAGUUUUGAAUGAUGGGGACAUUGAAGGGAUUCCUGCAUUAGUAUCAAGUUUGGAUUCAAAAAAAAGAGAGAAGUUGCUGAAGAUUUUUUCUGCCGGAUCUGGUGAUCUUGUCUUGUUUGCAGUUGGUCACCAUGUGUCAGUUAAUAAAACAUUAGACCGGCUGAGGGGAUAUAUAGCUCAUGAAUUGGGCUUGGUUGACCAUACCAGACAUUCCAUUUUGUGGGUGACUGAUUUUCCAAUGUUUGAGUGGAAUAGUGCGGAACAGAGGCUUGAG